AUGGGCUGCAAUUUGUGCACCUUGCAGAAACGGGAAGAACACUACAAACUGCUGUAUGAUAUUGCACAGGUGAACGGGCGCAACUUCUCCAAGGUCGACCAUGAGGAGGCAGUGGUGGAGGCCAUCAGGCGAGACCCCAUCGUCGUCCAGGUUCUCCGACGAGCCCCCGCCAGCCAUGGCGGCGCGCCACAGGACGUGUUUCUGGCGGAUGUCUGCACACAGACGGACAUCACCUUCGAGCACAUCAUGGCGCUGGCUAAGCUUCGGCCGGCUACUCCUCCCGUCCCGGACAUCUGUCCCUUCCUAUUGUCUGACAGUUGUCAUUCCAUCCAAACCAUGGAGCAUGAGUUUCAUGAAUGUCCAGAGUACCUGUCCAAUAUCCCAGCAGAAGUGGAGAGGACUGAAGAGUAUGAGUAUGAGGAAGUGGAGCUGUGCAGGCGGAACAGCCUGGAGAAGCUCGGCCUGACACUGUGCUACAGGACCGACGACGAGGAGGACAGCGGCAUCUAUGUCAGCCAGGUGGAGCCAAAUAGCAACGCAGCAAGAGAUGGACGCAUCAAGGAGGGAGAUCGUAUCCUACAGAUAAAUGGCUGCGAAGUGCAGGACCGAGAGAAAGCCGUUGCCUUGUUGUCAAGUGAAGAAGCAAGGAGCAUCAUCCUACUGGUGACAAGACCAGAAAUCCAGCUGGAGGAGGAGGUAUGGCUGGAUGAUGAACAACAGGAGCUUGUGGAGGAGCUGAAAAUGGAAAUCCUGGAGGAGAAGAGGAAGCAGAAGGAACAUAACUUUGACGGGGGGGAUGAGCUACUCGCUGAAGAGGAGGUGACGACUGACACAGCCACGUGUUCCUCCAACAACCAAGACAAAGACAGUGGGUUCGGUCACAGCACAGACAGUCCAGAUCACCAACCACUGUUGGCUAGACUCCACAGGAGGAGCCCGGCCCAAUGCCUGAGAGAGCGCUGGCGGGUCGAGCAUCCACACUCAAGGCGAGGGACUGCGGUGCCCCAGGACACCCAGGAUCCGAGGACACUGUCCAAAGGCCAAGGCCGCGAAGGGGUCAUCAGUAUAUGCAAUGGCGGGGGAGGGGGUUUAGGUUUAGAGAAUCACUUUCAGCAACUUCUGGAGCUCAAGUGUGAAAUCCGGAACGGAGGCGAGUGCGGCGUGUACUCCAUUCGACACAGUAUCGAGUGCAGCGUCACCGAGCGAGAAGCGGACGGAGAUGUCAUCGACGGCGUCGGAGGAGGGAACGGAGUGGAGCAGGAGCUGAGGAUGCUAAAUGAGGAACUGUGCAGCAUUGAGCUCGAGUGCCAGAGCAUCAUGCAGGCACAUCAGCUUCGCCAGGCCCACCAGCUGGAGCCCGCACAGCCCGCGUCCUGCUCACCGGGUCGAAGCCCCAAAGACGGACACCGGCGAAAAGGCAGGUUGGCCGACAUCCACGAAUACCCCGAGCGGUCGGACAGCGACAGGAUUCGGGAGAAGGACAGCUCCAGUGCCUACAACACGGCGGAGAGUGCGCGGUCGACUCCUUUAGGAACGGAGAGAUCUCCUGAUCAUUCUCUGAAUCGGCACGUCCGCAUCACCAACCAGAAAAACCUUCGACUGGCUUCCUUCACAGCCUCCAGCCCCGUCUCCAUCCCCGAUCCCCACGGUACGCCCGGUUGUAGCCGACCGGCAGAACCCGGCACUGUUAUCUCCAGCAGCCCGGACCAGAGCAACCCUUCCCGGUCGGAGUCGGACCCCGCCAUGCCCGCGGACGACGAGAGGUGUGAGAAGAAAGGAAGGAGCAGAGAUUCCAGGAGGGGGCUUCCCUAUGGUUCCUACCAGACAACGCCCUAUCAAGGCCAGGGAGGAUCCAGGCAAAUGCAGAGUUAUAUGCAGCUGCUACAACAGCAUUCAUCCCUGGAGUAUUCCCAAAGUCAGCUGAGUCUGCUCAGCGUCUGCAGAGAUCCCGUUCGGACGGGGCGCCCCGGGGAACCCCGUCUGGAGUGGAAGGUCAAAGUUCGGGCCGACGGCACGCGCUACGUGGCCCGGAGGCCCGCCCGCGACCGCAUUCUGAGGGAGCGAGCGCUCCGGAUCAGAGAAGAGAGGAGCGGCGGCAUGACCACAGACGACGACGCCAUGAGCGAGAUGAAGAUGGGCCGCUACUGGAGCAAAGAGGAGAGGAAGCAGCACUUGGCGCGGGCCCGGGAGCAAAGGAAGAGGAGGGAGUUCAUGCAGAAGAGCCGCCUCGAGUGUCUCAAGGAGGGGCCGGCCAGCGGAGCGGAGGGCAGGAAGGAGGUCAAUAUCCUGGAGCUCAGUCACAAAAAGAUGAUGAAGAAACGAAACAAAAAGAUCCUGGAUAACUGGAUGACCAUCCAGGAGCUGAUGAGCCACGGGGCUCGAGUCCCAGAGGGCUCCAAAGUCCAUAACGCUUUCCUAUCCGUCACCACUGUCUAGCGGACACAAGCAGUACUGCAUAUUUCUAAGUACUGAACACUUUAAGAUCAGUAGGGCUGCAUUUCAGGAACUACUGCUGUAUGUAAAAAAACAAUAACGAUUGUCUGUGUGAAAUUUGGUUAAAAAUGUCACUGCUGGAGGACUUCUGUAGCAUUCCCACGGCAACUUUGUAACUAUCUAACUAUGACUCGCAUUACGAGACCUCAGUUAUUCAACACCUGUUGGUAAUGCACUGGUUUUUGAUAGCAGAUGCUUUUGGCUCAAACUGAUCCUCAGAAAGACGUGCAGAGCCGACACAAUAACUUCACGUACGCCGUGUAUUGUCUCUCCGUACUCCACAUUCUUGAGUUUCAUUGCAUAUGAAGCAACUUCAAUUGCCUUGUUCAAAGUGGCAUUUUUUUAUAAUGGGGGAAAAUACAAUAUUUUUCACACUUUGUAAACUCGGUAACUUUUUGUAAGGAUUUUUUUACACUGAAUGUAAAAUGUUCCGUCAACAUUGUAUUGUCAUAUCUUAUUUAUGUUAUGUAUCACCAAACCGUCAAGGUCAGAGUUGACACUUUGAUUGUACUGUAGCCGGCAUUGAAUGCCAGAGCAACACGAGAUGAAUUUAAAACUUGUUAAAUCGCUGAACUCAUAAAACACUGUUUAUUGUGUUGAUGUCUGAUCCAGAGACGUCUGUUAAAAACACAGAAAAUAUAAUUAUGCUAUCUCGAAAUCUCUUUAUUCAUGAGCUAGGAGGGCUUUUUGAAACCGUUUGACCUCACAGUCCAAACUCUGACCCCGAACCUUUAGUAAACCAUACAUGUGUGAAUUAUGUUUAAAAUGUUAAAUAGAUUCAUAUUUAUAUUAUUUACUGUUAUUUCUAUUUAUUGUAACUUAAUUUGUAUGGUGCGUCCGAUAAAUGUUUUCACAUUAAGUGGCUUACCCUUUGAUCGGGAAGUCCACUAAAUGUAUAUCAAAGUGCAGCGGUUCAACUCCAACCUGCUGCUUUUCACUGUAAAGUUCAUUGAAGAGGCCUUGAGUUCAGUAUUUGUUGAUGGUGGUAUUUGUAAUAAAACAACGAUG